AUGCAUCGAUCCUUCCAUCCGUCCAUCCAUUCAUCCAUCCAUCCAUCCAUCCAUCCAUCCAUCCAUCCACCCAUCUGUCCGUCUGUCCUUCCAUCCAUCCAUCCAUCCAUCCAUCCAUCCAUUUUCCAUUCAUGCCUUCAGACAUGCAUCCAUGCAUCCAUGCAUCCAUCCAUCCAUCCAUCCACCCAUCUGUCCGUCUGUCCAUCGAUCCAACCAUCCAUCCAUCCAUCCGUCCAUCUUUCCAUCCAUGCCUUCAUACAUGCAUCCAUGCAUCCACCCAUCCAGCCUUCUGUCCAACAAGCAAUUCCUGGGCAUUGA